CCUGGCAGUCCGGCAACUCCGGCGCACAGCUGAUGGCGCUGCCAGACUGUUUACGGAGCCACUAUAAGAAAACACAAAAUGUGUGCGGCGCUCUUACGAAGCGUAAAAUUGGCUCAUUUGCGGCCAAUAUCAGCUAAACCGGCUUUCCAGGGCUUGCACACCAGCAGCUGGCUGCGCAAGUGGCGCAAUGUGUCCUCCGGCGAAGUGGAAAGGAAGCUCCUCUCUGGCGACAGGCUUCCGGAUAACUAUAAGCUGAUCUACCGGGCACCUAUCGAGAGCUACGUGACCUGGACGAAGAACAUAUCCACUGCCACGACCAGUAUCCUGGCUGCGGUGGCCGCGUACCACUAUGCCACAUCCAUGAACUACCUAAAUAUGGUCCAGACAAUGGACAUAGCCAUUCUGGUGUCCCAGGAAUCGGAUCUGUACUACUUUGUGGGCGGAUUCGUGCUAAUAAACCUGGCGAUUCGGGCUUUCGUGGCCAAAUAUCCCCUGAGAAUAUACAAGAGCUCGGAAAAAUACGUUGCAGUCUACGGCUCCCAACUGCCCGUGGGAACUGUGAAACACUAUUUCGAACGCGGUCAAAUAGCUGAGUACAAAAACUUUUUAAAUCCCUGGAGCCACAUUAUGUACAAACUGGGCACCCGCUCCUCCAUGCUGCUGGUGGAUUACUUCAAGACGCCCUCGGAGUUCCACCAACUGUUCGCGACCAAACAAGAAACGUAGACCUAACUGUUUAAUUGUUUACGAUUGUUAAAAAUAAAUUUCCCUUUUGUUGAAAUA